GAGUCCCUCUCAAAAUCCCAAUCACUUUUUAACUUGCUUGCUUCUCCCACCCCCGUCUCCCCCAAAUCGGAAGCCUAGGGUUUCCCCCGCCGACGAGGCCCUCACCGCCGCCGGCCGCCUCCUCCUCGCCGCAAUCCACCCUCCCUCCAAGCCCUCCCUCACCGCACCCGGCCGACCGACCCCUUCCCGACCCCUCCUGCGGCGGAUCCGGCAAGCGGCGAGAGCGGGCGGUCUCCUCCGACGCCUUGUCUGGUGCCCGGUUCAGUUUGGUGAUCACAAAUUUUGCACAGUCCUGAGGCUUUGUUGUCUUUAAAGGGUACAUCCAAAAAUAAGUCAGCAGCUAGCGAACACCUUAAAGCUGUCUGCUGUUAUGGCUUCCAUGGCGACCAACGAGAACCUCCCACCAACUGUCAUCAGGCAAUUGGCUAAAGAACUGAAGAAUCUUGAUGAUUCACCUCCAGAAGGGAUCAAAGUUAUUGUUAAUGACGAUGAUUUCGCCACUAUUUUUGCCGAUAUUGAGGGCCCUGCUGGAACUCCAUAUGAGAAUGGAAUAUUCCGGAUGAAGCUAAUAUUAUCUCGUGACUUCCCUCAGUCUCCUCCAAAAGGAUUUUUCACAACUAAAAUUUUCCAUCCAAACAUUGCAACUAGUGGUGAGAUCUGUGUUAACACAUUGAAGAAGGAUUGGAAUCCUAGCCUUGGAUUAAGGCAUGUUCUGCUGGUAGUGAGAUGCCUCCUGAUUGAGCCAUUUCCUGAAUCUGCCCUCAAUGAACAAGCUGGGAAGUUGCUACUUGAGAACUAUCAGGAGUAUGCACGGCAUGCAAGGCUAUAUACCAGUAUCCAUGCUCUCAGACCCAAGAAUGGAGCUAUCUCGGCAGCUCUGAAUAAGAAUCAGUAUAACACUCUUCUCGCGCCAAUUGCUACCUCUACUGGGAUAAAGGCAUUUGGCCUGAAUUCGCAGGAUCAGCAUGCUGCCCCUUCUGCUGUCUUAGGUGGAGCAUCGGCAGCGCCCAGGAAGGACGGGCCACUGGCCGUGAAAGUCCCCGUCGACAAGAAGAAGAUGGAUGCGAGGAAGAAGAGUUUGAAGAGAUUAUAAGUAAACCAGACUGUCAAUGCUUGUGAUAUAUUUGCUUCUCUUCUGUCCGGGCCCAACCAUUGGGCCCUGUUGAGCCGAACUGUGGAGGGUGAAUAAUAAUGCGCUGCUGGGCCUCUCCUGGUCCUGCACUUUGCUGGUGCUGCUGUUCCUGAGCCCGUUUGUGAUUUAAUGGUUCGAUGUAAACUUGAAUGGUGGAGAACAUUUUCUUCCCAAUAGGUGGUAGAAAUUUUUUGUCCGAAAGACAGAGUUGCAGCCACUGCAAUGUAGUAUGGCAAAGUUAUCAAACUCUGGCUAUAAUAUAUACUCAUCAAACUCAAGUGAUUUAAA